AAUCUAUCUCUAAGUGUACUUAAUAACAUAAUAGACAUACAUUGGUGGAAAAAAAAAAGGAAAAAAAGGAGAUUAGAUUUUUUUUCUCUCUCCUAAUUAUUUAGAUUAGUUACGUCAGAUAACAGCCUCAAGGGUCGGAUAUCUCAAGCCAAAAGCAACUCUUUUUCUCUCUUUUUUAUAAAUACCCUCACUUCCUCCCAUCUUUGGUCACUCAAAUUUCCAGCCACAGCUUAAACUGCAUCAAACAACAAAAGGGGAGAUAGAAAGAGUCAGUGUAGUACCUUGCUCAUGAAGAACUUGUGUUAGGUACCAAAGCAUUACAAAAGCUUGCCUAAUCCCUUGCAGCACACACCAACUUCCCCCCCCCCCCCCCCCCCACCUUCAUUAAAGCAAAAGAACAACAAACUGUUUUAGUAGUGCAUAUUAAGACUUCGUAGCAACACUAAAGCAAUCAUUUUUCCCUUACUAUUUUUGGAUUUGGUAAGGCAAUGAAUAGAGCUUUACCAGAGAUGCUGCACUACCUAAACACACCGGCGAAUGUCAUCGGAGUUAAGGGCAUGGAGAUGAGUGUUUUGGAAAGACAGAAAAUGGUUCUAAAGUGGCAACAAGAGCAGCUCUUCCAAGUCCAGACAACACAGCAGCAGCAACUAAGUUGCUUCAAUGACCUGAGCAUGCUCUCUUUCUUUCCUGCUGAAGCACACGAUUUUCAUGGCGCAGACAUGAACUAUGGUCCGAGCUCAGUUACAACAGGCCCAACCCUAAAUGAGCUUCUGAAUCGACCCAUUAAGGCUGAUCCGGGAGGGGAAAACGGGUGGAUGGAUUUCGGAAUGCCAAAAAGUGGGGUCAAUGUCGGUAGCUUGGGGAUUGAGACUGCUGAGCAAAUCCAUAACAGUCCUGGCUAUGAGAUGAAUUAUGGCAUUUCAAGAACAGCCAGUUGCCCGCCAUCAGUAGCAGAGGCAGCAGAAGCCACUGUAAAGGCAGCCCGUGAUGCCAAAGGAAGAGAAUCCCUCCUAUCAGAUCAGAAGCUGAAUGGAGCAGCUGGGAGAGAGAGUUUCAAGAAGAGGAAAGCAGAAAAAAACCUCAGAACACCAAAGAUAGUCGAUACAGAAGAAGACAACAAAUCAAAAAAGAGCAAGGGAUGUGCUGAAGAGGAAGAAUCAAAAAUCACAGAACAACAUAGCAACAGCAGCCAUAACCAAAAGGAAAGUAAUGGCAAUAACAAUGACAAGAAAAACAAAGAAAAUUCAGGGUGUACGUCGAAAGAUAAUUCCAAGCAUGAUUACAUUCACGUUAGAGCAAGGCGCGGCCAGGCCACCGAUAGCCACAGCUUAGCGGAAAGAGUAAGGAGGGAAAAAAUAAGUGAAAGAAUGAAAUAUCUCCAAGAUUUAGUUCCAGGGUGCAACAAGAUCACAGGGAAAGCUGGAAUGCUGGACGAAAUAAUCAACUACGUCCAAUCGCUUCAGCGACAAGUCGAGUUCCUUUCGAUGAAACUGGCAACAGUUAAUCCCAGGCUUGAUUUUAACAUAGAUGACUUAAUUGCCAAAGAGGUUUUUGCAGCAUGCUCUACCAGUAUACCAGCACUGGGGGUAUCACCAGAUUUAAAUAAUCCCAGCUACCUACAAUACAAUCCUAUUGAACAAAUGGAUCCAGUUUGCGGAUCCACGGUUGCAGUAAAUCCAAUUGAUUUGGGUCUGAAAAGAAGCAUUAGUGCUCCUGUAUCAAUACCAGAGACUUUUUUUGACACGUCCUGCUUUAAUCAAAUUCCAAAUUCUUUACAAUGGGAUGCCGAAUUACAAAAUAUCUACAACAUGGAGUUUCAACAGGGAAGACAACCAUCAUUUCCGGUACAGACAUUCACAGGCACCAUUGAAUCAAGCAGUUUAAAAAUGGAGAUGUAAAUCAGUUGGCCAAACGUAAAAGUUACACCUUCAUUGGAGAUGGAUCAGAUUACUUAACUAGGAUUCUUUUCUGAUUCUGUUUAGUAUAUAGGUAAAUAUUUGUAUGUAUAAAGUCAAAGGCAUCGAGGUGUAAGUAAUAAUUUAAGCAUCCAUUGGCAUCUGCCUUCUGCUAAA